AUGGACGAGGAAAACUAUAGAGCAAAGAAAGAUGAUCUUGCUGAUCUUGCCACCUGCAGUCCUGGACUUUUAAGCCACAACAUAAAGGUUGCCGACCUUGAUAAACACGUCAUGGUCAUUGUUUGCGAGAGUUUGGAAGAAGAUUUCGGUAGGAUCAUGACCUGGACCGGAGGCUACGAGGAAGCCCCAUAUAAAGGCCCCGCUCAACUGGAUACGCACCGGAUACUUGAACUUCUCCAGGCAAAGACAGCUGCAGCUGAGCAUCAUCUGUGGAAGAUGAGAGAGGAUCCUGGCUAUUUUCAAGUAAUACUAAUGGAAGAUGGGGAUCAUCUUAUGGAGCGCGUGCCAGAUGACCAUGGAAAGCUCUACAAACACCACGACAAUGAGAUCUUUUGGAAUGAUGUCGUCACUCAUGCUUUAGAUUUUGGCUAUAUGGACUUCUUUAUUUGGGACGCGUUGACUAGGCUUGCGAGAAAGCUUGAUGCUAAGACUCGACCCAUCCUUCAUACACUUGACCAUCAAAAGCCGCUUCCAGAAGAUAUUGAGGAAAUUGUUCUAGAUCUCAUAUCUACUGGUAACGAACAUCAUAGGAGGCAUUUGGACGACCUGCACCAUGGGCUGGCGACGUCUCCUUACGCACCUGGGAUGAAAUUUGUCCCCAACACCAAACAUUCCGCAAUGGGACAACUUUUCCACGAAAUGAAGACUGCAGGCCCCGCCCCAGGUGAUGAGUGGAUGAUAUUGUCCGCCAGACUGACAAGGUUGGGCACAGACGUCUGUAACAUCCACUGA